AUGCGCUUCAAUUCCCUACUCCUCCUCUGCCACCUCGCGGCAACUGCCACAUCAUCUCCAGUCAAGAAUGGCCUGACCAUCCAAACAACCAGCGGCCAAGUCCACGGCUUCAUCAACCAAACAGCCCCUCUCGUCCGCCAAUUUCUGGGAAUUCCAUAUGCAGAACCUCCAACUGGGGAGCGAAGAUUUCUUCCCCCGGUAGAAAGAGAAGAUCGCGGAUCCAUCAAAGCGACGGCAUUCGCACCAUCAUGCAUGCAGCAAGAAAGUAACAGCUCUACCAUCUAUACAGAACAGGUAUCCCAGUUUUUGAUCAACGGGGGACAGUCUGAGGAUUGUCUGUACUUGAAUAUCUGGGCUCCGGCUACAUCGUCUAAGAAGUUGCCAGUGUUUGUGUAUAUCCCUGGCGGUGGAUUUACAAGUGGAGGGGCAGAUUCGCUGUAUAAAAUUCCGGACAAGUGGAUUCAGAGAACGCAGUCUCAUAUUGUGGUUGCUUUGAACUACCGCGUCAACAUCUUCGGCUUCCCCAACGCAAAAGGGCUGGACAAUCGCAAUGUAGGCCUACUCGAUCAACGCAUGGCCGUUGAAUGGACAAGAAACAACAUCGAAGCGUUCGGUGGUGAUCCAUCCCGAAUCACACUCUGGGGCCAAUCCGCUGGAGGAGCAAGCACUGAUCUCUUCGGAUAUGCCUAUCCCGACGACCCCAUUGUGACCGGCUUAAUCUGUGAUUCCGGGUCUGCAACAAUCGCAGGAUCCAGUGACUAUACGCAAAAGAACUUUACAUUUAUCGCUGAAAAGGUGGGAUGUGCUGGCAAUGACGAUGCAGUUCUCGAGUGUAUGCGUGGUGUUCCUGCAACUCGUUUGCGGGAUGUUGUCUCUACGUAUGGAAAUGUGAAGUCGAUGGGACUGUCAUUCACUCCUAUUCCGGAUAAUAUCACGGCCUUUUCGAAUACUACGGAUAGAGCGUUAAGGGGGUUGGUUGCUGAUAUUCCCGCUAUAUUCGGAAGCAACGCAAAUGAAGGGGCCGGAUUCGUGUCAUUAACAGGGACACAACCACCUGAAGAAACGAUGCAUGCUCUUACGCAAAGCAUCAUUGCCUGUCCAUCAGCUCGAGAAGUGCACAUCCGUGAACUAGCCGGGUUGACCACAUACCGAUACUACUAUACCGGCAACUUUUCGAACAUAUCUCCCUGGGACUGGAUGGGUGCUUAUCAUAGCUCCGAGCUUCCUCUGCUGUUUGGGACCCAUGAUGAGUAUCGCACUCCUUCGACUGAGUUUGAGUAUCAACUCAGCUAUGCAAUGGAAGCUCUCUGGCUCUCAUUCGCCUCGAACCCACAGUCAGCCCCGAGCUAUCAAAACUGGUCGUGGCCGGAAUACAAAGCAGACGUACCCUCGAUGGUGCAAUUUCCCUCUGGAGAUAAUAUUGUGGGAAUCGUCAGUGGCAAUGUGAUUGAUGGAAACUGCACUGGUGUAUAGAAGAUAAUUAUUCAAUUGAGGUGCGGAGAGACAGCUAGUCUCUGUAGUAUUGUUAUUUUCUGUAUCCCGAAAUAAUGCCCCGUAGGGAAUGCAAGCAGUUCUAUAUGCAGACCAAAUAACUCGAAAAGACCAAACCAUGCAGUAAUCCAUAUAUCCAAUGUCCAAUUUAUAUCCAAUCCAAAGUGUCGUGUUAUUUAUAAAGCGGUCCAGCGCUCUCAAUCACACACGGCUUCAUGCCAAAUUGAAGUCCAA